GAGCGACAGCGUUUGGGCUCAGGCCGGGGGAGCCCGGCCCGAAGGCUGCGAAAAAUGUCGUCUUCGGGGAGAACCAUAUGGCCGGAGCCACAAGUGCCCAAGCCCUUUGUUCACUCAGAGCCAGCAGCCAGGGUCGAGAUGAGCCACUGGUUCAUAGGCUGCCUGCUGUACCCGGUCUUCGUUCGAAUGCUGCAGGCGGGGUACCUCCACGCCACCAGCAAAAGGGCCCAGGAGGGCGGCGUCAGCAGCUCCCGGCACUUCCGGGCGGCCAUGUUCUUCGUGCAGGGCGUGGCGCAGGUGGAGGUGCUGUUCCUGGCUUGGCCCAUGAGCUUCCGCAUCCUCUUGGCGCUCGUGGACCGGGAGGAGGACUACCAUGGAGGUGGGGUCCACACCCAUGGGCUGGAGUAUACGCUGAUGCAUGUCGACUGGAGGCUCUUCCGGUGGGCGCUGGCGAUCCUGUGCUCCACUCUGAUCGUGGAGCUGAUCCAAAGCCCCCUCCGUUUUUACAAGUCGUUGCACCACAUCUCCAUCCUGGUGGCGGCGUGUCUGAUGAGCGGCAUCCACUGGAUCUCGGCCUUCGAUCUGCUGCUCUUCGCCUCGGGGCCGCUGCUGCAGAUGAGCUUCGAAGCCUUCAACGGCCUGGGCUGGUUCAUCCUCUCCUACCACUACAUGCGGCCCACCAAGAACAACUCCAAGCUGCUGCGUGGCACCAUGAUCUACAUGACCACCUUCUCGACGCUCUCCCAUGCCAGCCUAGUGGUGCUCUACUGCUGCACCUUCCACCGAUUUCAGGCCUGGGCCCCGCAGGCGGUGCUCUUGCUGCUGCAGCUCUGCCUGCUCUGCGAGAACGUCUACACGGUGUGCAAGGUGCGUCGCCUGUCCCAGGAGAACUUCAAGCGGCUCCCCUCGCAGCAGAGCUCCAUGGCGCUGCCCAGUCUGCUGGGCGUCUGCGGCGCGGAGGCGCGGGUGAAGAAGAUGAGCACCGUCUGAGGCCGCCCAAGGCGCCAACAGGACGGGGCGUCCGCAAAAGUGAGGGGGUGGCGGGGUGGAUGGCAAAUGGCUGGAUUUCUAGCGGGCCGCAGGUGGUGGAACUUAUUGUGCUCCGGUUUGGGUGGCUCGAAAUGCCC